AAGUGACGCACCGGUGCUUCUCUCUAAAGCGGAUUGACCAGCUGGCACGCACCAGCGCGUACUGUCAGCGAAAUAAAGAACCUGCACAUUUUAUGCUGGAUGUCACCAUACUUUCCAGGCAUGUUUGCGCUAUUUAACAAGUUAAAAGAGCGUGCGGAGAAGUUCCUGAACGAAAAAAACUUUGUGACAGACUGCCUGUCCAAAGUAGAAGAAUGGACGGGAAUAAACAAAAAAUAUCUUGCAAUAGGUGCCACCUCCCUAACUGGGCUGUAUCUCGUGUACGGAUAUGGAGCGGCGCUGAUGUGCAACCUCAUUGGCUUCGUGUAUCCUGCAUAUUACUCCAUUAAAGCCAUAGAGAGCCCAGAAAAGGACGAUGACACCAAAUGGCUAACAUACUGGGUGGUGUAUGGCGUCUUCAGUCUGGGAGAGUUCUUCUCUGACAUCUUCCUGUACUGGUUCCCCUUCUACUAUGUUUGCAAGUGCCUGUUUCUGCUGUGGUGUAUGGCUCCAGUCGCCUGGAACGGUUCUCAGGUGUUGUAUAGGCGUGUGGUGCGUCCUAUCUUCCUCCGUCACGAGGCCACCGUGGACAACAUGGUCAACGACCUGAGCGGCAAGGCCAUGUCCGCCGCCGAGAACGUCACCAGAGAAGUGCUUCACACUCUGGCGAAGAACAAAGUCCACACUAUGGACGCAGUAAGACGGACAAUGGAGGGUACCUCUAAAGGACAAUUACCUGAACCCUCGCCUGAGCCCAGCAUUGACUAACUGGCACACCAGUAGACCGUGAUGAAGAGGAAGAUCAUCUGAAAUCUCAGUGAUUCGCCAGCAGGAAGGAGCAGUGUGUCAUGCAAUCAGAGGGACCUACUCUUCAUGGUUCAUCUGCAUCAUCAUCAAAAGAAACAGCACGACACAAUGGGACCAGACAUGAUCCAUAAUGGACAGAAAUAUGGACUCAUGCCAUUCAAAACACUUGACAGGGGGAUUUCACUGAGUAUUAUGUAGUUUUCUAAUCAGUUGCAUUUCUCCUCCACAUUUGUCUUAGUUUAUUGGUUAACACCAACAGCUGACUAUAAAGCGCAUCACUCAUUCACAACAGUUUGUGAUAAACCUUUUGCCAAUUCAAUUUUGAGAUUUUCGAUUACUUUUUUCCUCCAUUUGUCAAUGUUAACUUAAUUUUAUCUCCUUGCACUGUAAUGAAAAAAAAACGUAGUUGUAACAUGAGCCAAACAUGUAGUUAUUUUUUUUUAUUGGAGUUUCUCAAUUGCUUUGGAAUGUAGCCAUUUAACACUUGAAAGACCAUUUGGUUUCAUUUAAAUAAAAGUGUGAAGUUUACAGCUUU